AUGAGAGACUCGGUGCAACAAGUAGCUGAAGGCCACAAAAACGCAAAGGUGGCAAAAGAAAGGCUACAGAAACUCAAGCAAAAUAUAGGUACGCCUUAACAUCAGGUGUGAUGCGGUGAUGUUUUUCAAGAAUCUGCACUCAUUUUCAUUAAUUUCUUGCACGUUACAAUGAAAGAAGUCUCAGAGCAAAGCCGAGAAUUCCUCUGUCAAGCACGGGAGGAGGCACAGGCUGACCUCAGCAGGAAAAUUGAAACCAUCCGUGAAGCACAUACAAUUAAGUCACCUCCCUGCAUUCAAAUGAAAAAUGUUGAUGGCAAACAGGUGAGUGAAGGACAGCACAAACACUGUCCCACAAAUAAAACUUAAGUAUGGUUGAGUUUUUUAUUCUGUGCCAGACUGCAAGCCACAAGCUGCCGGCAGAAAUGUGUGAGGUGAAGGAGCAGCUGGCCCUCCUGAAGGAAGCACAGCAGGCUGAGCUGCAGGAGAAACGGGAGAAAAUCCUGGAGGAGAAGCGGAGGAAGAAUCAGAUGCUGUUAAAGGGGCUGGAGACCAUUGAGCUCCACAAGAGAGCACUGGCACAGGCUGCAGCCAUCAGGUCAGGGACAUGUUUGGCUCUGAAGCACAGAAGUAUUACACACAUAUUUAUGGUGAGUUUUGGCACAUUUCAGGAAACAGGAGAAGGAAAGCAGGCUGCGUAAUCAGCAGGCGGUCCCUAAGGAUGACAGAGUUUUGGCUCUGCAAAAGGAGCUCGAAGAGAUUCAACAAGAGCACCAGAGACUGAAGCAAAUUCAGAGCGAGAGGGCCAAUACCUCAAAGCAAGCAGCCGCACAGUCUGAUAGAGAAACAGAGAUGCACAACAGAGUGAGUAUGAUGCCCAAAAUGGAGAAAAACUGUACUGACAUCUCUCUGUAAAUAACUUCAUAGCUCUGUCUGUCUCUGUUAUGGCGUGACUCUCUACCACUAUCUCUGUCUUUGUCUUUUUUUCUGCCAGAGGGGAUAA